GGCGGGAACCGCGGCGAUCUGGGCCCCGAACGGAAGACUCCGGGAGGCCUGGGUCCCGGACACGCGCCCAGCCCACUCCCCCUGGCUUUUCCUCAGCCACCUGGACGGGGUCUGCUCCUCCUCUGUCCCAGGGCCUGCUUCUUUCUCUCCGUAGCCCUCACCAUUACUGGUCUAACUGUUUCGCAGGCUCCUGGGAACAGUCGCUGGCUGAACUGUGUGGCCAAACAAGAGACCCCGCCUCGCCCCGUGAGCUCUGUUGUUUUUGUGGGAGCCAUGAAGCUGAACAAGAGGAGCGUGGCCCACUAUGCACUGAGUGACUCCCCAGCAGACUACACGGGCUUCCUGCGCACUUGGGGGGGGCCUGGGGCCCCCCCUACUCCCAGCGGUACUGGCAGAAGAUGCUGGUUUGUUCUCAAGGGUAACCUGCUGUUCUCCUUUGAGAGUCGGGAGGGCCGGGCCCCACUGAGCCUGGUGGUGCUUGAGGGCUGCACAGUGGAGCUGGCUGAGGCUCCCAUGCCCGAGGAGUUCGCCUUCGCCAUCCACUUCGACGUCCCUGGAGUGCGGCCACACCUGCUGGCAGCAGAUGGGCAGGUGGCCCAGGAGGCCUGGGUGAAGGCACUCUCCCGGGCCAGCUUUGGCUACAUGCGGCUGGUGGUACGAGAGCUGGAGAGCCAGCUGCAGGAUGCCCGAAGGAGCCUAGCCAUGCAUCGCUGCACAUCCCAGAAGGCUGGUGCCAGCCGCCAAAAGCAACAGGCACCUGACAGCAGAUCUCCAGGCCUGGAAAAUAGUCACUUUCUCCCCAGGGACUGCACUCCCCUGGGCACUGUGGAAGGGGGAGGUUGCAGGCUAGUAGGGCAAGAUUUGCCUGAGUGGGAGUUGCAGGGUCCCACCAGCCUCCUCCUAGGCAGGGGGCAGAGCCCUGUGUCCCCCGAGACCUCCUGCUUCUCCACCCUGCAUGAAUGGUAUGGCCAAGAAAUCUUGAAGCUGAGGCAGGGUUGGCAGCAGAGGGCCCAGGGAAAGCAGUCAGGAUGCAGGCGCCAGGAUAAACCCUGAGCCUGGGCCCUGUGAAUUCUGGUUGUGUCCUGCUGGUCAAGACACCGGGUGCUUGUUCAGGAGUUAAGUGUUUACUCGUUUGCAAGAUUACUUUGCCGGGAGUAGGGUGAUGGGGUAGGGGCAUCUGCUCCCUCUUGUUCUUUCUACCUUCUCGGGGUUCCACUCCUCCCUUGUGCCUGAAGGGGACUGAUGAACUAUGACUUCCAACUGCUGUUUCCUGAGGCCCAGAGAGGAAAGGUGGCCUGCACAGGACUCUGUGCUGGACAUUAACAAAGUGAUAACAAAGUGAAGGAACUGCCCUCCUUUUGACCUGCACAGUGGAACCUAUGGUCAUGGUUUCCAACACAGGGAGUCUUACAUUCAUUUAACUCUUUUGGCCACAGAUUAUCUGAGAAAGGGGAUUUAUGUGUCAUAGGAAUUCCUGGGCCCAGCUCCUCCUGAGGGGGCAGGAAAGGUGAGCAUACACCCCACCCCCCUUCUCUAGUUUGGGUGGAGCCCUUCGUAGGAGAGGGCCUUUUACCCAUAAGAGGGAUUUAUUUCUUCUACUCUUCCUGGGUGCCCUGACAAUAGAUGGUGCAGGACUUUGUGGGGCUGUUAGCUUGUUGUUGUUUUUUUUUUUUUUUGUACUGGGGAUUGAACUCAGGACCUUGUAUUUGUGAGGCA